AUGUGCGGUGAAGGAGGCUGCGGGUGUUGCGUAGUUUCUGCAACUAAGACGGACCUCUUGAGUAACGAACAGGUUACUCUAGCCAUCAACUCUUGCUUGUGUCCUUUGUAUUCCAUUAAUGGUUGGUCUAUUACUACGGUUGAAGGAAUUGGCAGCUCUAAGAAAGGGUUUCAUCCUGUACAGAAAAGGAUUGCAGAGUACAAUGGAACCCAGUGUGGUUACUGCACCCCUGGUAUGGUCAUGAGCAUGCACAGUUUACUUCAAAAGAUUCCUGAACCAACAAAGCAGAUUGUUGAGGACAAUUUUGAUGGUAAUAUCUGUCGUUGUACUG